AUGCCUUAUCCAGAAAAGUUCCAAGGUGUCGGUAUAUCCAACGCAGAAGAUUGGAAGCACCCUACAUUGGUGACUUUCGAUCCUAAACCUUUUUGUGACCACGAUGUUGAUAUUGAAAUCGAGGCCUGUGGUAUCUGCGGAUCAGAUUUUCACAUAGCAGCUGGUAAUUGGGGUCCAGUUCCGAAAAACCAAGUUCUUGGACAUGAAAUAAUUGGUCGCGUGGUAAAGGUAGGUCCCAAGUGCCAUACGGGAAUAAAACUUGGAGACCGUGUUGGUGUUGGUGCCCAAGCUUUGGCAUGUCUUGAAUGCGAACGUUGCAAAAGUGAUAAUGAACAAUAUUGCACUAUUGACCAUGUUCUGACCAUGUGGACGCCAUACAAGGACGGCUACAUCGCACAAGGGGGCUUUGCAUCCCACGUGAGACUCCAUGAGCAUUUUGCUAUUCCAAUUCCAGAGAACAUUCCAAGUCCAUUGGCCGCUCCGUUAUUGUGUGGUGGUAUUACUGUGUUCUCUCCGCUAUUAAGAAACGGCUGUGGUCCAGGUAAGAAGGUAGGGAUUGUGGGUAUCGGUGGUAUUGGUCAUAUGGGUAUUCUGUUAGCAAAGGCCAUGGGUGCCGAGGUUUAUGCGUUCUCGCGUGGCCACUCCAAGAAGGAGGACUCUAUGAGACUUGGUGCUGAUCAUUAUAUUGCCACGUUAGAGGAUAAGGACUGGACAGAAAAAUACUUCACUACUUUGGAUCUUCUUGUCGUCUGUUCGUCAUCUCUGUCUGAGGUUAAUUUUGACAGUGUCAUAAAGGUGAUGAAGAUUGGGGGUUCUAUAGUUUCUAUUGCUGCUCCAGAACACGGUGAGAAACUUGUACUACAACCAUUGGGCCUGAUGGGAGUUUCAAUCUCCAGCAGCGCUAUUGGCUCCAGAAAAGAAAUUGAACAACUGUUGAAGCUAGUUUCCGAAAAGAAUGUCAAGAUAUGGGUGGAAGAACUUCCAAUUAGCGGAGCAGGCGUUCAUCAAGCUUUUACAAGAAUGGAAAAAGGUGAUGUCAAAUAUAGAUUCACUUUAGUCGACUAUGACAAGGAGUUCCAUAAGUAG